UCAUUGUCAAAUGUUUAGUAGAGGUGGUUAGGUACUUAUCUAAAGUAGGCAAUAAGUGAAUGUACUUUUGCGUGAUAUAAUCAUUGCUCGAUAGUUACAACUCACGACUAACUCCCUCUCUCUACGUAUUAACUUUAAUAUUACUUCUACUCAGUUAUAGUUAAUUGAUUGGCUUGGCAUAAAUUAAUUUUCAAAUAUUUGAUAAUGGAUCACAUGGAACAUAUAAAUCAUGCAGCAAUGAAUCACAGUGUCCAUAUGGGACACGGAGGACAUGGCACAUCUGUAAACACAACCCACAUACAUAAUAUGAAUGACCCCAUGGAUCACUCACUUCAUUUGCAAGCUAGUCAUGACCACAGCGGCUCACACGCCGGCCAUGCAAUGCAACACAACAUGUCCAUGACUUUCCAUGGUGGCUACAUGGAGACUAUCCUGUUCUCUUGGUGGAGUUGUCACGGUGUUGGUGAAUUCAUUGGCUCCUUUCUUGCAAUAUUUAUUAUGGCCUUAUUAUAUGAAGGGCUAAAAUAUUAUAGGAAACAUUUGUUAUGGAAAACAUAUGCAGGGCUUCAGUACUGUGCCGUGUCACCGUCUCACAAGGGAGUCGCCAAUGUCUGCAGUCCUGACGACCCCACAGUUAUACAGCCAGUGCCACAUGUUCUUGAGCGAAAUGUACCCCGCAUGUUAAGUGCAGCACAUGUUUGGCAAACAGGCUUGCAUGGAGUACAAGUACUGGUCAGUUACAUGCUGAUGUUGGUGUUCAUGACAUACAACGUGUGGCUGUGUGUCGCCGUGGUGAUGGGAUCGGCUACUGGGUACUUCCUGUUUGGAUGGCGGGAAUCUGUUGUAGUGGACUUCACUGAGCAUUGUCAUUGAUAUCGGCUUGACACUGAGAGGAAACCAUAGUAUUAUUUACAUAACUGUGCAGCCCAAACUGGUGUAUAAACUAUAUCAUUAUGUAUCUUAAUAAUUUGAUAAGAGUAUACAUAUAUAGCCUUAUACCGCUACAAAUCCUAUUUUAUUAGAUUUAAUGUCUGUUAGGGUAUGUUAUUUAGGAUGCUGUGAGAAAGUUAUGUGUUUUAUGACUUUAGUUAGUUGGAAUAUAUAACUUAAUAAACAUGCUGUUAAUAAAAAAUA